AUUUUAUUCAGUUAAACAAUAAUUAGUAAUUCUAUUUAUUUUGUGUAUUGUGAUGUUACAUAGAGACAUAAGCUAAUAACAAUUUGGAAAUACCAGAUUUUCAGAAUGUGGAUGAUGUUGAGAAUUGGAAUGACCAAGAACAUGAUGAACUUGAUAUGGUUGAAGCUGAUAGUGAAAGUGGAGAAAAUGAAGAAAGUAGUGAAGAAGAAACCGACGACAACGAUUCUACAUUUAGUGAUGGCUUCGAAAACAGUGACUUUGAAUAUGAUGAUAAGUUGUUCGAUGAGAAUAUUGAUAAAGAGAUUGAAUGGGUUGGCAUUACAGAUGAGCCCUCACGAGUUCUUGACAAGAGCAAGCAAAUUGUUGGAAUUCAAGCUGCUGGAAAUUUUAGGCGGUCUUUAAGUGGAAGUGAGUCAUCUUCAAAAGUCAGAACUUCACAGUAUCAUGUAUAUCGAGAUGAUGCAGAUGAUUCGGAUUUUGAAUUUGAGGUGGGAUUGUGUUUUAAAACAGCUUCAGACUUUAGGGAGGCAGUGAGAAGGUACUCAAACAAGCAAGGGAGACCUAUAAAGUUUAGAAAGAAUUGCAGUGACAAAAUUCAAGCCAUUUGUGAGUGUGGAAGUCAAUAAAUAAAGAGCAUUCAUGUUUUAGAGCUCCAAGUUCUCACCAUUGCACUUCCAAAUUUCUUGCAAAUAAAUAUCAACACCACCUUAGGAGUAAUCCUGAGUGGCCUGUUACUUCAAUGCAAGAAAUAAUGCAAAUGGAAAACCGAACAUCCUUGUCUAUUUGGAAAAUGUACCGAGCAAAGAAGCAUGCAGAAAAGUUAGACCAUGGUACAGAGUUGGAACAAUAUGCUAGCUUGUGGCAAUACUGUGAGGAGAUCUAUAGAACCAAUCCCGGCACAACGAUAAAAAUCAAAUGCAAGCAUAUUCCAAGUUCUCAAACAAGUACGUUCAAAAGAAUUUAUAAAUGUUGGGGGGCAUUAAAGAAAGGGUUUAAGGCAUGAUGUAGACCAAUUAUUGGUCUAGAUGGGACACACCUAAAGACAUCAAGAGGUGGAGUUCUAUUAUGCGCAGUUGGUAUUGAUGGAAAUAACAUGAUGUUCCCUAUUGCAUAUGCCAUGGUUUUGAAAGAAAAUAGGAAAUCUUGGGAGUGGUUUGUGAGUCUUCUCAUUGAAGACUUAAACAUGAGAAAUAGUUAUGCAUGGACCAUUAUUUCUGACAAGCAAAAGGGGUUGAUUGGAGCAAUAGAAGACUUGUUACCCCAUUCCGAGCACAGGUUUUGCUUAAGGCACAUGUACAAUAAUUUUAAGCAAAAACACAAGGGACUGCACUUGAAAGACUCUCUUUGGAGAGCUGCUUCAGCGACUAGAAUUGCGGAUUUUAACAAGGAGAUGGAGAAGUUGAAAGCAUGUGAUUCAGCUGUUUAUGAUUGGGUGAGAGAGAGGCCUCCGAUGAACUGGGCAAAGUCGCACUUUAGCACUUGGCCAAAGUG